AUGGCCAACAAGUUUCUGCCAUUAAUAACAACAACAAUCCUUAUUAUUCUUUCAUCGCUAUGUGGAAUCCAUUGCGAAUAUGAUAGGUCCCUCAAGGGUGACAUCAUACAUCGCUUAUGCAGCUACACCAACAUGACAGACCAAUAUUUAUUUUUGAAAUAUCAAGAGAAUUACUGGAAUAUGGUGAAUGAGAUGAAAAAUGAGAUGCGUCGAUCCAAGUUUUCGGUUAGGGAAGUUGGUGACCCACCAUAUCGCAUAUACGUGUUCUCACAAUGUAGGUUUGAUCUUUCUGCUUCUGAAUGCGUGUACUGCUUCAAAUCCCUUCAAAGCGUUUUUUCCAGUUGCAUGCCUGCCAAGGGUGCCCGAACCUAUUCAAGUGAUGGGUGUUUUAUGCGCUAUGAUAAUUAUAGUUUUUUUCAAGAGAGCGUUACCCCUUACUAUUUGAGGGGAUGUAGUGAUGCGAAAGCAAAAGAUGAAAAAGGAUUUGUUGGUUUGGCAGUAAAUGUAAUAAAUAAAAUGUCAUUCGAGGCACCCAAAAAGGGAGGCUACACAGCUAUAGAAGGACGACGUCAUGGUUCCAAUCUCGUCAUCUAUGGUGCGGCUACUUGUUGGAAAACAUUGAGCCAGGAUAUGUGUUCUGCUUGCCUCUCAAAUGCUGCUAGCACCGCCAUAUCAUGUUUGCCAUCAACGCAGGUCCAUGCUAUCAAUACUGGAUGCAUUUUGCGUUAUGCUGAUUAUGACUUCAUUAUUAUUGACUUGAAAAACAAAGAAAGCGAUAUUUUGAUGAAAUGCACAGCAAUUAUUCUUGCUGCAAUUGCUGUUUGUUCAGUGCUUAUUAUAGUUGCACACUAUGGGACUAAAAAUGUUGACAAACUGUGGGGUAUUCCAAUUUUACGAACAGGACUAGAGAUGACCCCAGGUAGAGUAAAAUUAAGCUCAUGGUUCAUGCAGUUCGAGUACUCGACAUUAGAGAGAGCAACCAAUGUUUUCAAUGAAUUCCAUAAACUUGGUGAAGGGGGAUAUGGUGAAGUUUACAAGGGAACCUUACAAGACGGAAGAGAAAUAGCGAUAAAGCGUUUCUUUUUGAGUGGAAAGCAUGGAAAACAAGAAGUUUACAAUGAAAUUGAUGUAUAUGGCAAAGCUCAACACAAGAAUCUAGUUCGUUUCCUUGGCUGCUGCUUCACCUCCACAGAAAGCUAUCUGGUUUUUGAAUUCCUUGCAAACAAAAGCCUUAACUGCAUCUUGUUUGACCCGGAGAAGAAGAAGCAGUUGGAUUGGCCAAAGAGGCAUGGUAUAAUCCUUGGCGUAGCUGAUGGAUUGGAACAUCUGCAUAACAAUUCUGAAGGGCCAAUAAUUCAUAGAGACAUCAAAGCCGGAAAUAUUUUAUUAGACUUGAAAUAUAGACCAAAGAUCUCUGAUUUUGGCUUAGCAAAGUUGAAGUCCUAUGACUCUACAUCUAUUGUAGGCACAUUGGGGUAUAUGGCACCAGAAUACCUUGCUGGUUGUUCCAUAACAGAAAAAGUAGACGUUUACAGCUUUGGAAUAUUAGUGCUUGAAAUUAUCAGUGGAGUGGAGAAUGCAAAAUUUGAGUCUACUGAAGAAACAUUUGAAACUCUUGUUUCUCAUGCAUGGAAGCAUUUCAAAUCAAACACCACGUCAAAAAUUAUUGAUGAAAGCAUGGAAAAUCAAGACCUUGAAGAAAUUGCUAGAGUUAUCCAUGUGGGACUUUUGUGCACACAAGAGUUGCCGUACCUGCGUCCCAGCAUGACAGAGGUGGUAGCAAUGCUUAGACAGAAGGAUGUUGUAAUGCCAUUACCUUCCAAACCUCCAUUCACUGUUGAUUCUUUCGAAUUUCCACAAGAAAUAGAAUCUAGUUGGGAAUCAAAAGGUUUAGAUAAUUCAGAAUUGACAGUGCCUUUAAAUUUUGGAGAAAGAAGUGUGUAAUAAUUCUCAA